GAGAAGUACAAUAAGAUCAUACCAUCAAUAACCGAUAGCAAUAGGAAGCUACUAGGUAGGCAGAGACAUCAGGAAGCAAAUCAAGUUCCAUACCAGGCUUUACAAUAUUUCUCAGAAAUAGAUGAUGAAACUUUGGAUACUAGGUGA